AAGAAAUAACCCCCGUCCCCAUCCCCGUGGGUGCGCGGAGCCAAGGGGAGGGUGGUGCAGCGCAGGUGAGGGGUUUUACUGCAAGGGAUGCUGAGGCUGUGCGCGGCCGCCCCGGCACCCUCACGAGCAGCACCCACAGCAAACCUCAUCCUGAGGGUGGUCGUGGGCACCCCGAGAGUGGAUGCAGCCACUUAACUAACUCUAUCCCAGCUGAAACCAGGACACACUGCCAGCAUGGGAUCCACAGGCAGCACAAGAUCGGGACUGACUCAAUCACCAGCUAGCAAUUAUUACACCAUUAAAAUAAAAAUCGGUGAUUGCUUCCUCACUGAAAAGUUACAACUUACUUUCUCUAAUUAGUACCCUAAAGCUAGGCUUAUUUCCUGUUGAAAUGCUUGUGGUUCAGGAUUGCAAUGUCUCUUAAAAGUCCUUCUUGGUGCUUCCUCCCCCAGGCUGUGGCUCACGCAAAUAUGGGCUGGCUGAGAAAUGGAUGGAAGCAUUUGCGGUUUGGUUGGGUUCCUGCGCUAAUUAAGGGCCACAUCCAGCAUCUUGAAGCUGGUGAAAACCAUCCAGCUGAAAGGAGGCUGAUUUCUGCAGGGACGGGGCAGUGGCACUUCCAAAACAACCCCAGAAUUUUCCCUGCAACAGGUAGACACGGCCCCAGAGGGGAGAAAAACCUGGGGGUGCAGAGGAGCGGGAAAGCACUUCCCAGACUGGAUCCUGACCCCUCCCUGCUGGCUUGCAUGGCCCCGACUGAAACGACCCAUCCCGAAUGCUGCUGGGACCGGGGGACACCAGAACAGCCCGGGGAGCCAUGGCUCCAGAGCCAGAGGAGGAGGAGGCGAUGCUCAGCGCUUACCCCUUUGGGCAGGAAAAGGAAGUGUCCCCAGUUCAGCUAUGGAAGCAGCCAGUUUCGGCAGCCGGCACUGAACUGCACAGCACCGCGGGCAGGCAGCACACGGCAGCAAGUGUCAGGUGAAGGACGGGACCCACAAUGUGAAACUGUAAUCAGAGUUCCCCUCAGCCGCCUGGCUCUGGCCCCCAGAGACCCCAAGGUCCCCCAUCACACCCUGCCCCUUGGGUACCUCCGCAGACAACCAGGAGAAAAGGCACCCUCCUGCUCAGCUGCCCUUCGCCAUCUUCUGCUGAGAGAAGGAAAAGGAAAUGUCAGCCCCUGA